AUGGACAAUCAAAUUCUGGUGUAUCGUGCUCGUUACAAAUUCAGAAUGAACAAAAAGAAGCGAUUCCUCGGACAUACCAACCCAGGUUACGCUUGUCAACUCAAUUUCUCACCCGAUGGCAAAUAUAUAGUCAGUGGUGAUGCCUCUGGAAAAGCAUACUUUUGGGAUUGGAAACUUCUAAAAACAUUACAAGCUCAUGAUGAUGUUUGUAUAGGUAUAGAAUGGCAUCAAAUUGAGUCAUCCAAGGUAAUGGGUGACACAAAUCAUUAUGAUUAA